AUGCAUUCAAGGACCCCUGCCGUAUCGUCAGGACACGAUGACGGCGAUAAAGUACCUUUAGGCAGGCAUAUGAAUGUAUCUUCAUCGACUGGCAAGCUCGCAUCGCUUGCGUCUCAGAACAGUGGGUCCGGUCAAACACGUCCGAUCCACGCUCGAGAACGAUCGUUGCAGCGCGAUGACGUUUUUGUCCCUAAUCCUUCCAGUCGGCCCGCUUCCAUUCGAUCCGCAUCUUCAUUUAAUCGUCCCGUGAACAGUCAUCGGUUUGUACAGGGGCAUCACACGCGCCGACAUUCCAACUACUCCAACUUUAGCACGGUCAGUGAAACUUCGUUGCCUUGGACAACCCGCGAUAUCGGGUUCAAUGCCAUCUCGGGUGUUCUCAACGAUCCUGCCAAACGACCGGCGGCGAGUACGAAACCCAGUAAAUCCGAUAUUCCUCCUGUACCUCACGCCUCGAUUCCCAAAAUCAAGUCUUCUGAUUUUGAUGCUUACCUUGCUCACAUUACACCCGUUUUUGAACGUUAUCAGCAGAAUAAAUUAGUGGAUCAUGACGAACCAACGACGCAUUCGCCUUACGGUGCCCUUCACAACAUAUUGGACGAAGAGUCCUUGCCGGUUCAUCAGCGUCGCAGUACUCGCAAUCCUUACAGUAUUCCUCAGAUCAUGUCUUCCGAGAGCCUCAGCCUGGAUGUUGACGAUGUGAAAUCGUCUUCUCACGAGUUACCAAUGAUUGAAAAUAUCCCCAGUAUCUUCUUUGAACCUGACUUUCAUCUGGAGAAUCCGCGGACGUUUGACGCUGUAUGCGAAGGCGCAGAUAUCAUUGGCAACAGCGGAGCGAAUGCAUCGGUAUCGACCAGUACGAUAUUGCAGGAAAAACUAUCUUACUACUUGGAUACCGUGGAAGUUCAUUUAUUGCAGGAAAUUGAAAAUCGAUCGUCUUCAUUCUUCGAGGCGUUAUCAAACUUGCAAGCGCUACAUCAGCAAACCAUGGAAUGUGUAUCCCAAAUUCACGCUAUUCGGGAAAAGAUGAAACGGAUUCAGGAAACCGAGUGUAAGAACGGGUUGCAAGUGAUUCGUCUCCAAAUACGACAGAGAAAUUUGGAAAAACUCGUGCAAGCCAUCGAAAGUGUCAAGGAAAUCCGCUCGGCUCAACCCAUGAUCCAAAUUCUGCUAGGUCAAGGGGAUUAUUUUGCGGCUUUGGAUCUAAUCGAUGAAACGCGACGCACACUGCGACGUAAAACGGGUGCGGUCGAUCUGGAAGCCGUGCGUUCGCUGGCCAAUUUCUCGACACAGCUUGCGGAGAUGCAAAAAGCAGUUGGAAUCAUGAUGCAACAUGACUUUGUGAGCAUUCUUUUAUCGGAUAUGAUGCAGCGAGUCGAGAUCAUGGAUGCUGCCGCUGUUAAAUUACGGCUUGUGGAAGCGUCGGACCGAGAAACCACAGAUCAGCCGACGCCGUGGGCUCCCGAUUUGGACAAGGAGCAGAAUUUGGUGGAUCAAUUACUCCCUAGCACCAAGGGGCUACUUCGUACCGAAAUGUUGGGCCCUACUUUACAAACAUACAAAGAACAACUCACAGUUGAAAUGAAAGGUCUGAUGCGAAAGUGUUAUCCUUCGGAAUCCAAAGAAAGUCCAGAUGCUAGUCCAAAUCUUCAAGCCAAGCAGUUGAAAUCCAUGGCUUUCAACGAUUAUUUCGAAAUGUUGCAGGGUGUAUUUACAACCUUGGUAGUCGCCUUUGAACGUGUCGCCACCUACCAUCAUUUGCUUGUCAAGGUCAUCGAGAAAGGCAUGGUACAGCAGGAAAGUGACGAUGAAUCGGGCGAUGAUCUUCCUUUAUCGUUCAAAAAAGACUUGUUCGAGGUUCUUUUUGCGGCGACCGACAUUAUCAAUAUCCGUUGCAGCAAGCUCAUUGGUUAUCGAAACGAUCAGAAUGCUUUGUUGAAUCCGACCGAUUUUUACCGCUUGUCACGCAUGAUCCAACGGUUUAUUCAGGCAUGUGAAAUGUACUGCAAUCGUUCCUGUUUCGGACUUCGCAGCACCUUGCUGUCUCAGCAAAAAGCGUUUAUCGACCAUUUCCACAUGGAACGUAUCAAGCAGGAAGCUCAAUUGAUUGAAAAUGAACAAUGGGUCGCCAGUGAAGUGCCUACCGAUUUCCAGCGUAUUGUGGAUCGUAUUUGCGAUGGCGGCAUUUCUUCUUUUGCAGCAUCGGAAGAAUCUCAAACGGAGGAACGAAAAUCGAGCGAGCAGCCACGGAGUAGCAAGUUACUGGUGGUCAAUGGAUCGAGCUACUUUGUCGUUGGUUGCAGUUUGCUGAUCCUGAAAAUGUUUGAAGAAUAUCUGCGAUGCAUAUUGAACCUGGAAGGCAUGGCGACCGAUAUCAUGCAAAAACUCGUGGAAAUGCUGAAGCUAUUCAAUUCGCGUGUAUGUCAAGUGAUCCUCGGUGCAGGCGCUAUGCGGUCGGCCGGCCUAAAAAACAUUUCCGCCAAACAUCUGGCGUUGGCAUCUCAAUCCAUCGGUAUCAUGAUUCAGCUUGUUCCGUCCUUGAAAGAGUGUGUACGUCGGCAUAUGCCCGUUAAACACGCCGUUUUGUUAUCGGAAUUUGAUCGCAUUGUAAAUGACUACCGAGACCACCAAGGUGAAAUCCAUGCCAAGCUGGUCGCCAUCAUGAACGAACGUUUCACUGUCCAUAUCAAAGCGAUGCAGUCUAUCAAAUGGGACGAGGAUAAUAGUACCGGCAAGAAUGCCAACAGUUACAUGGAAACCCUGGUGAAAGAGACAAUGACUUUGCAUAAAGUACUCAGCAAGUAUCUUCCAGUGCAGGAUUUACAGAGCGUGAUGUCGCGCGUGUUUGAUUCCUUCACAACUCAACUUGUGCAAGAAAUCGAGAAACUGUCGAUUCGAACCAAACUCGGCAAGGAUAGACUGAUCACGGACGUCACCUACUUUACGCGUCGACUCACAUCAUUACAAAACGUGGAUCCACCUUCCAAUUCGGUGAUGGAGGCGGUCAAUAAAAUCAGCUUGCCCGCCACCUCUCCCAACUAA